CUUCUGUUCUUCUGUUUAAUGUGCUUGUCUAUUUCUAAGAUUUUGAGGCUCCAGCUCCCACCUCCCUAAUUCCCCUCAUCAGAAGCAAUCCCAACUUCUCAUUUUGAUUGUCUUGUUUCUACUGCUGCAUGUGUUUACUUCUUGACCCCAAUCUUCGCUUCUAGUACUCCAAGCAGAAGUAAAGCUGCCUCUCGUUCCGAUGGUGCUGGAUUCAUCCUAAGACUCGGUCGUUUAGUCUACUUCCCUUGCAAGAGGGACAAUUUUGGUGGCACUUCAUAGAUAGAGAAGAGAGUUUCAAUCAAACAGCGGGCAGUUACUGUGACCAUACCUGGUGGAGUUGCUGGUAGCCGUAACUGCAACACACGGAGGCCUCACUUGUCACAAUGCGAUGAAGGAUCUCGACAACUAGCUUCAAGUCGGCCAUUUAUGGUAAACCCCGUCGGUCCUUGGCCAUACUGUCAAUCCUGGUUGCCGUGACGAGAUACACCGUCGGCACUGCUAAUCGAGGGGCAUAUCAAGGCUCCACGCGGAUCUAAGUGGUGGCAUCCUAAAAAUAAAAGUGACGAGAUAACGACAGCGAACCAACCAACGUUCGGCUUUUGUUGUUGCCUUGAAGUCGUUAAAGAAAAGCUCCAUCGUCAAGUGUCUGAGACGCGUAUUGGCGGACCUCUCUACUCUGUCCCCGUACUCGGUUCCCGUUCGCUCCUCGUUUGUGGCUGUGCGGGUUCCAGACCAGCGGCCCUUGAAUCGUCCCAUCGACACACCCCAUCGUUGUCAAUUUGGCCCAAUAAGGCAGCCCCCUUCCCUCGCUUCCUCCAUUCUAUUGGACGACCCGUCGAGGAGGUGGACGUCAUAACUUGCCCUCCCCAGUGUGGUCGCCCAAGCCUGCUGCUGCUGCUGCUGCUGCGGUACAGAUUGAUGCGCGGCGGUGCUUUGAAGACUCUGUACGGAUAGGGAUCCUCCAAGCCUGUGGCUCCUUAUCCUUACCCCCUCCCCCACCACUCGUCAUUCCGUCCCUCCACUGUAGCUCCAGGGUCUUGCACCUUAAGCUUUGAACUUCUUCCUCCGAUGAUGAAACGGGGGCUGGAUACUUAGGACGGUCGUUUCUCUCUUUCAUGCAUCUCUACAACACCAUUCACUCUGGGCUUCCCAAAUUUGAUCAUCGGAUUAACUACCCCCCUCUUGGCCACGUCACUAAAGAGCGCAUUCUUUGCUUCGCCAUUAUUGUUUGCUCGUCCGUACAACGAAGCUUCUUGCGGUCUUCGGACGGUGUCUUCCCCCAGCCUAUUUGCACACCAAUUUUCCCUAGCUUCUUCUAGGACACUCACUCCCGCGACGCUCUCACCACUUGCAACAACUCAUCGUGAUGACCUGAUCUUCUUGAACAUCUCACUAGUAUUCUGACACCGUCGCUGGUUUUUCCACCUUCAGUUAACGAGUUGACGAGUCAACAAACCGGUUUCCCCCGCAAUGACGGUCGUCAAGAAUGCGGAAGCGGGCGCCAGCUCCUCUGCCCCUCCCCCGCCUCCGCGACACAGCGAUCUGAACCUCGAUCAAGUCGACAGCCAGGAGGUUCCCGACGCCCUCGUGUCCGAUGGCUUCAGUCUGCCUUCUUUGGAGUCCGAGACCAUGGCCCCGCCUGCCUAUGGUGAUCUUCCCAACCAGCUGCAGUUCAACCAGGCCGGCUUUGAAGCUGGCGCCAACGUCACCGGGGACGGUCGAGUCAAUAUCAACAUCAAUCAAAGCGGCAGCCGCCUCGCCGAGAUCCUCGCCCCGACGCUACGCAGCCAGCUCCUCGACGACAAGCGCCCUCAAGGCCCCCUCCCACCCGCCUACAUCCCCCCGAGUCUGGGAGGCCAGCCGGGUCAGACCCCUCCGCCACAGCUCAAUCUCGUCAUACAAAUCGUCGGCUCGCGCGGCGAUGUACAGCCCUUCGUCGCUCUUGGCAAGGUCCUCAAGGACACUUACGGCCAUCGCGUGCGCAUAGCCACGCACGCCACAUUCCAAAAUUUCGUUGAAGAGAACGGGCUUGAGUUCUUCUGCAUCGGCGGUGACCCCGCCGAGCUUAUGGCCUUCAUGGUCAAAAACCCGGGAUUGAUGCCCGGCUUCGAUACGCUCAAGAGCGGCGAGGUCAGCAAGCGUCGGAGGGGCAUCCAGGAGAUCCUCCUCGGGUGCUGGCGAUCGUGUAUCGAGGCUGGAAACGGGCUUGGACCACCGCCGAAGCCGCAUGCCAAGAAUGAGCCCCUGGAUGAGCAGUACGGGAUACCUGGAGACCCGGCCCAAAAACCCUUCGUGGCGGAUGCCAUCAUUGCGAACCCCCCGAGUUUUGCGCACAUACACAUCGCCGAGAAGAUGGGCAUCCCGCUGCAUCUUAUGUUCACCAUGCCUUGGACGCCGACGCGCGCUUUCCCGCACCCUCUGGCCAACAUCCAGUCAACAAACACCGAUACCGUCAUGACCAACUACGUUUCGUACGCCUUGGUCGAGAUGAUGACCUGGCAGGGCCUGGGCGACGUCAUCAACCGCUUCCGAGAGAAGGCGCUGGACUUGGAGCCCAUGUCGCUGAUCUGGGCCCCUGGCGUGUUGACGAGACUCAGAAUUCCGUACACAUACUGCUGGUCGCCGGCACUCAUUCCGAAGCCCAACGAUUGGGGUCGUGAGAUUGACAUUUCCGGCUUCUACUUCUUGAACCUGGCCUCGGCGUUUACACCUGACCCUGAUCUGGCCGCCUUUUUGGCCGCCGGCCCUCCUCCUGUUUACAUCGGGUUCGGCUCCAUCGUGGUGGACGACCCGAAUGCUCUGACCCGCAUGAUCUUCGACGCCGUGCAUCGCACUGGUGUACGGGCGCUGGUGUCCAAGGGCUGGGGCGGUCUCGGCGCCGAGGAUGUUGGACUCCCCGAAGGCGUCUUUAUGCUGGGCAAUGUACCGCAUGACUGGCUUUUUAAGCAUGUAUCGGCCGUCUGUCACCACGGCGGCGCCGGCACGACUGCAGCGGGUAUCCAAGCUGGCAAACCCACCAUAAUCGUACCCUUCUUUGGCGAUCAGCCAUUCUGGGGAGCCAUGGUUUCGAGGGCUGGCGCUGGGCCGGAUCCGAUUCCCUACAAGGAACUCACGGGAGACAAGCUUGCCGAGGCCAUCACCUUUGCCAUUAAGCCUGAAACCCAGGCAAGGGCGCAAGAGCUCGGUCACAAGAUCCGCGAGGAGAAGGGAACUGAUUUGGGUGGAAAGAGUUUCCACGACCAUCUGGACACUGAUGAGCUAAGAUGCUCUAUCGAACCCAGUCGAGCAGCCGCUUGGCGCGUCAGGCGGACGAAAGUUCGACUGAGUCCCAUGGCCGCUGCAGUUCUCGUAGACAAGGGUCUCAUCAAAUACUCUGACCUCAAGCUCUACCGACCCAAAGAGUACAUCACGGAGGGCCAACCGUGGGAUCCCGUUUCCGCGGUGGCAACCUCUCUCGUGGCAGACCUCAGCAACAUUGGCAUGGCCGUGGCGGAUUUCCCUCGAGAGCUGUUCAAAGCCCGAAGCAAAGGGGACAAGACGCCCGAACCUCCUGCGACGCCCUCGUUUCCGGGCGGAUCGAGUUCUAGUAAGAAGUCCAUUCAUGAAAGUGACGGCGCAUCGCUCGCCCCGAGCACGCACGCUUCGGAGUCGUCCACACAGCUGGGCUUCAUGGAAACGGGCGGCUCUACGCCGACGCUUCCUCUUUCGCCGCAACCCGAUACAGCAUCCUUUGCGCCUUCACACACGAACUCCACCUCGCUCUCGAUGACUUUCAGCCCGGCAGACGCCGGGUCGAUAGCUCCUAGUGAGACGGCACCGUCAGAAAACCCAUCGACAGCGCAGUCUGCAAGGCCGCCCAACAGCCCAGGGAAACGGUCCUUCAGAGAUUCCUCACCUGCAGUUGUAGGGGUCGAUGCCGCCGUGGCAGCUGGCACCAGCGUCAGCCGCAUCGUUACUACCGGCGUGAAGACACCGAUGAAUGUUUGUCUCGGCCUGGCCAGGGGCUUCCGGAAUGCUCCCCGCCUGUACAACGACGACACAGUUCGGCCUCCCGAGAAAGUGACAGACUUUGCCAGCGGCGUCAGAAUCGCGGCAAAGGAAUUUGGCUAUGGCAUGUUCGAUGGAAUUGGUGGGCUGGUGACGCAGCCUUUGAAGGGGGCCGAGAAGGAGGGCGUCCCCGGUCUCAUCAAAGGAUUUGGCAAGGGCAUUGGUGGUUUGAUCUUCAAGCCCGCAUCUGCUGUAUGGUCUGUCCCGGCGUACACCAUGCAAGGCGUCCACGCGACGCUGCGCAAUGCAUUCUCUACCAGUGUCCAGAACUAUAUAAUUGCAUCCCGCAUGAAGCAGGGACAGAUGGAAAUGGAAGCCGCAGGCAUGGCCGAACGUGAAGACGUCGUUGCUCGGUGGAACAACGUCAAGUUCGAUUUGAAGAACUUCCAGGCCAUGAAGCUAAAGGAGCAGCGCGAGAAGCAGAGAGCAGACGGUGAAAACCCUUACAUGCAGGGCCAGUCGGAAAAGAGCCUCACGCCCCCAGUUACCGGCUGGUCUCACACAAGAAAGCUGUCCUUUGAGGACAGGAAGCAGCUGCACGCGCGUAAAGAGGCGUGGAAGAAGGGACACGUUGAGGCUCUCGUACCUGCGUCGAGGUCUGAUCUGUCACUUCCCGAGAGCACCACGACCAGCGUUGCCGAAGACGAGGAAUUCGAGCGGGCUAUCCGCGCGUCUGUUGCCGAGACCUCGCGUGGCAACCCCGAAGAAGACGUCGCGGUCGAGCAGGCCAUCAGAGCCAGUGUCAACCACUUUCGUAGCAGCGGCACAGGGAUCCCAGACGUGCAGCGUGAGAGGCCCAUGUCUAACGACAGAGACGCGAAGAACCAUGACCAGGACCCCUUUUCAAGUGCCGAAUUGGAAAUCACGGACGAGGAGUACCAGCAGCUCAUCGAGAAGGCGAUCCAGCAGAGCAUGUCGCUGCAGGCUGCCGGUGUGCACUCGCAACAAGGCUCGCAAGGGGACGACGAAGAAUUCCAGCGCGCUCUCGAGCAAUCCAAGAUUGCUCAGCACCGGGCACCCGAAGAUGACGAGGAGCUGAAGCGCAUCCUGGAGGAAUCAAAGCAGUACCAUACCAAGGGCCCGGCGGAUGACGAGGAGGAACUGAAGAGGGCGAUCGAGGCUUCUGAGGUCGCUCACCGGGAGCAGCUGAGCAAGGCCGCGGCAGCGCGGUCGGAGGAAGACAUUGUGAUGGAGUACGUGAAGAAGCAGAGCCUAGCGGAGGAGGAGUUUCGGCGGAACGCGUCCAAGGGGAAGGAACGAGAGGCUACGGACGCAGACGAAGACGACGAGGAUCUCAAAAGGGCAAUGGAGGAGAGUUUGAAGCUGACCAGGCGGCAGGGGGGAUCGAGCUCUUUUCAAUGAUUUCAGCAAGAGGACCGCAGGAUAGAUGGCACAUCAGAGAUACCAUUUGAGUUUUUAUAUCUUUCCUUGCCUUUUUUUCAACUUUUUGAUAUUUUAAUCUGAUCUUACCUCUUUCCCCG